GCGUGACGCGGCACGCUCGAAGGGGAACCGCUAACGCCGUUAAACGCGGGCGGCGAACGGGUGGCCCCGGCGUGGUGUAGGCGCGCACAUUCCUCCGUCGUUUCGCGCCCCUCAUCGGACCGUCGUCGCGUCUCCCUCGCCAGUACCAAUCGUCCCGCUAUCGUCCAUCGACGUCCGCCAUGCGUCAUCCGUCGCGAGUCUUUUAUUGUCGUCUCCGCCGUUUCUGUUACCGCGUUAUUCUAUACCAACUCGAUUGACGACUUCGAGACACCGACCGGAAGCGUACUCUCAGUCAUAUUAUACGCAAUCGUUUCAUCCCCAYCGCCAUUGGUCGUGCUGGUGUCGCCGUUGAGCGUCGGAAUUGUGCGAUGCGCGACGGACCAUGACACUGUGCCACAGCGAGACAAGGAGAAAACAGCGGCGGGUCCACGGACUUCAAAUGCCAUGGCACCCGCAGCAAGUAGCUGGUUGGCUGGUGCUGGCCAUGUUCGGUGCCUGUUCGUUCGGCGUCCUGUUGCCCGGCCUCSGGCCUGACGUCUAUCCAGUCGCGCUGUUUGUGCUGGGCAGCCUGUUCUUCUUACACGUCGUGUCGCACGUGGCUGCGCUGCUCAUCGAUCCCGCGGACCCACAGCUCCGUGCUCUCAGAGGCGACGGAGAAUCGAAGAGGAAGUCCGUCCCGGAGCUCGACAAGACCAAACACGCGCACGUCAUCGAGAACGGCAAAUGUCACCUGUGCAAUAUAUACACGUCCAGCCAUCGGACCAAACAYUGCGGAUCGUGCAAUAAGUGCGUGGAGAAGUUUGACCACCAUUGCAAAUGGCUGAACCACUGUAUCGGCGCUAGAAAUUACGUGGCGUUCAUCGUGAGCGUCGUGUCUGCUGUGCUCGCGUGCUUGGUGAUCGUGCUGGUGUCGUCCGCUGAGCUGGUCAUCUACAACGCGGACCCGGUACACGUCGAGCACUACUUGCGGCCGAUGUUCGGCAGUAAUCAAACCAUCCAGGUGAACCAGUUAUUCAGCGUCAGUCGACUUUCGGUUGACCGGAACGUGUUCGUGGCUGUCGCGUCUGCCCAAUGCGCCUUGGCCCUGGUCGCCAUGGUGCUGCUGCUGCAUCUGUGCGUGUUUCACGUGUACAUAUCCGCGCUGGGCAUCACCACGUACGAGUACAUCCGAAACUACAGGAGAUAUCCAGAGUUCGAUUCCAGGAACGGUGCGGCUACGUUGUCGUCGUCGUCGUCCGUGUCAGACAACCACAUCGCGAUGUCUUUGGGGUCCUGUAAAAACGCUGCGGGCCGGAAGUCCGCUUUGGCCAAAGUGUACGCUUCAGCGUGUUGUUACGGCGCGGUGACCGCAGGUCGGCACAAGCGGCCGUCAUGCGGCAUCCACUCGAACUUUAACGGCGCAGGCCGGAACGACCAGGAUGGCGCUAGCCACGACGACAUGACUGUUGAGACGAUUGAAUCGUACGGUCGUAGUGGCUCCAGUAGACUGCUGAACCCGAAAGACUUGGAGCGGACAAGACCAGAGGACCGUGAUCAGCAGAGCACACAGCCAAAAUGUCGGUACUGUCUGGAGAAAAACAGGAUCCGGGGUGAUGGUGCACGGUUCUUCGUGUUGGGCAAACGCCGAAAAGGGUUUUGUUGCUGCUUCCAGAAACCCGAGCCGGUAUUUGGUCGGACUGCUGCAGUUACCGCUGCGGCCGCCCACCACGUCAAGGUUCCGCCAUCGCCGUUCGCCGUUCGCCGGAACCGUGUCAUACCCACCGACAGUGGUCAGUUAUCGUUGGUUGUCGACGAGUGGAAAUCGUUCAACUCGGGCUCACUUCCGGCCCUGCCACACGCGGCCGGCCACCGUCAGAUGCAGAAGAUCACGCUCAAGGAGCUAGGCCAGGUGUUGGCAUUCGUCGAACAACAGCCUUCGAAAACUAAGCGACGCAAGAUUGGCAGCGGAAACGGGCAGAUAAAACACUCGAAAUCUUCGUCCAACCUGUCACCGAUUCACGAGUCGGGACUGUCCAAUCCGUCGACGCCACAACUGAAAAACCGUUGUCCGCAGACCAGGCCGUGUAGUUGGCUGUCGUCGUCGUCACCGCCGUCUUCCUCCCCGCACAGCACUUCCAAAAGCGCGUAAUUUGUGUGUGGGUUUUCCAUAUCUCCACCCCUUUCUCCUCCCCUAAGACCCUUUUGAUGUGUAUACACGUGCAGCAAUUCGAAUUUCAUUUUAACCGCCGGCUGAUAAACCGACAAAAUAUCUUAUGAACGACGGCGUUUGGUAAUCAAAAAUGUAAACAAUAAUAUUAUAUAAUUUUACAACCGUAGGUAUAGCCGUGUCCAACCCACUGAACUGAAUACAGUACAUUAUAUAUAUUAAGUUCAAUGUUCCUCAAUUCCGUAUAUAGUUGCAAAUCGCAAGGGGGAUCAGGGGACGUAGCUCCCAAACGUCCCAUCAGCCCCUCAAAAUAUAGUUUUUUUGUUAUGUAGGAUCGAAGUUAUGCGUGUCGGAAUCCGAAAGCUCUUCCGGUUUAUCCGUAUUUGAAAUAUUAUGUAUGUAUGAAUACCCUUUUUAAUUUAACACUACCGAAUGACGAAAAAUAUACUGUCUGGAUAAGCUAAAAUGUCACGAGUCACUAAAGAACACUUGAGGAAAAUGUAUUUUUAUAUUUUUCAUUUUCUUUUAAGUUAUGAAUUUAUAAUAACAAAAACAUUAAUUAGUUU